GUGCCACCAGAUAUGGGAGGCAGCACAGUUACAAUGAAGAGCAUCCACGUAAACAUCGACGUUAUCAAUUGUAACUUGUGUAAAUAUGUUUGCAAAGCUUAAAAGCAAAAUAGCGGAGGAAGUAAAGCAGUCUCCUUUGAAGCUCUCUGCGUCUGUCCAGCAACUGGCCCAGGCAGUGGUGUCUCCAUCAAAUAGUUCCAGUGUUGAAGGAACCCCAAAUGAUCAUUUUAGCAUUGGUGAUGCGGGUGAAGAAACACCUCAGAACUCACCUUCAAGGAGUGGAGGAUUCCAAUCAGUGGACUUGUAUGGAGACAUUCCACUAUCUCCUCCAGUACCCUCUGCUGGUGGAAGAUCACGCCAUUCUUCAACAAGUUCAGUCACCAGUGAUGCAUCCUCACUUUUUCCCAUCUUUGAAUCAUCAGUGUUGAAUUCAUUUAGCCUACAGUCUGAUCUAGAGUCUGCAAGUGAAGUGGAGGAUUCGCUUGGACACCAAUUAGACAGGAUCAGUAAAGAACAGCUGUAUACAGCAUAUCGUAAGGUGCAGACACGCUAUACAAAGUACAAAGGGCGAUAUAUGGAUUUAGCACGUCAUUACAAAGAACUUGAUCGAGAGAAUGUCAAAGCCAAGACUGUGUUGGUGGAGAGUCAGGAUAAAGCAUUACGAAGGAUUGCAGAGCUGAAGGAACAGUGCCAAUUAGAGCAGAAAGCCAAAGCUCAUUUAGAAGAUGCCUUAAGAAAUGAUUUGGAAGAGAAAGACCAUUUGAUCAGCACUUUAAAUACAAAAAUUGAAUUGUUGAAGUUGAAUGGUGGUAAGGAGGAAGAUGACCCAAGCAGUCAAAAAGUGAAUUAUUCAGAAAAUCUACUUAUUGACUUGUCUGGAGGAGAGCUAGCUGUACCAAUGCAAAUCAAACAGCUUCAAGAGGAGCAGGCUUCUGUUAAUGAGACAGAUACAGUACUGAAAGAGAAAAUUUGGAAACUUGAGGCAUUACUCAGAAAAUGUAAGGAAUCAAUCAGACGCAAUAAGGAGCGCAUAUCCCAGCUCAGCGUGGAGAAUCAGCAGCUUCAGCAGACCCUAACAGAUACAAAGGAAUCAAGCAAUGCACAUGUAUCAACAUUAACUGAAAAUCUAACAACAGCUCAACAGGAGAUAACGAAGUUGAUGGAAGCACUGGAUACAUUGCACAAAAGGGAAGAAGAAGCUGCCCUAUCUCUAGCUGAAAAUAAAAUGACAAUCCAUAGAGAACUGGAGGCAAAGGAGGAACAAAUUAGAUCUCUUAGAGAUUCAUUGACACAAAUAACACGUGACAAGGAAGCAUUAAAUGAAAGAGCCACCAGCUUGCAGAAUGAGAUGACAAGGCUGAAGUCAGUUGCUGCUGUACCAGUAGCAGAAGACAUCAGCAGUUCUGAGGAGGACCGUCAGAAUCUCAUACAGGAGCUGUCCCGAGGAAAGGCAGAGGCUGUGAAAUUGCUUCAACAAGAAAUGCAACAAAAAUUGAUUGACUUGGAAACUAAAAUGUCUGAUAAGUUGCAGGCAUCUGAACUAACAAACAUACAGCUUGAAGCAGAAGUUAAGGUACUGAAACAACAGAUUGAGGAACAAGAUGAAGUAAAUAAAGAACUGGAGCUGAAGUUGAAAUCCUUGCAAGAUGUAAGAUCACCAUCUGGGAAGACCAAUAUUAAUUCUGAAGGGAAUUUUGAAUUGGAAGUGGUAAUGAAGGAAUAUAAGAAUAAACUUCAAGUUGCCGAAACAAAGCUUGCUGAGAAGGAAAAUGUGAUUGCAGAAUUGGAAGCCAACUGUAAACUUCUUGCUGAUGAACAUAGUAAGGAAUUAUUGUCUCUUAGGUCCAAAGUUGAAGUAGCAUCAGCUAAUAGACUGCAAACUGAAAGUAAACUUUCAAAAAAAGAUCUGGAGAUUGAGGAGUUGAAGAGCAUACACAAACAGCAACUUGAGGAUAUGCAGAAAGCGUUAACAGAGAUGCAGUCACAGCUGUUUUCAGAGUCAUCAAGGAAAAAUGAAGCUGAAAACAAGUACAUAGAGUUAUUAAACCAAACUGGUAAUGUUUCUUUGCAAAAUAAAGAUGCAGAAUUGAUGUCAUUUGAGAUAGCGUCCCUGAAGGAGAAAGCUCAGGAUCUUGAACUGAAGUUGAAUGAGGCUGCAGAAGAGUGUAAGAAAGUCAGAAAAGAGAAGGAAAAUUUUGGUUCAGUUCUAGUAGGUAGCUUUAAGGCUGUUGCACUGUUGAAGCAAUGCCUUCAGGCUUUGAGGACAGAUGUGUAUGACAGACUGAACUGUGUAAAGGAAGAUGUUAAUAGACUUGGAUCUCAGAUGAUGGAUAUAUUUGAUUUGACCAAGAGAGAAGUGGAAACUUUCAGAAAGGAAUUACAGGAGAAAGAUAACAUCCAUACCAACCUGAGAAAGAAUUUAUCUGUAUUAGAAAAAGAACUAAGUGAACAUGAAACGAAUAUUAAAUGCAAAAGGAAACUUGAACGAAUGUUAGAAGAUUUGAAAUUGUCAAAGAAAAAUUUGGAAAUUGAGCUCUCAGAGAAUAAUGCUUUAAUCAGGAAACUUCAGCAUGAGUUGCAAAAUAUGACAACAACUUUUGAGAAGAAGGAACAAGAAACAUUUGAACUGCGUGACAAUAUAACUGACCUUCAGAAGAAACUAACUGAGAAAAUAGAAAGGGAUAAAGAUGAUUUGGUAAGUCUCAGAAGUGAUUAUGAAGUUAAGUUGCUGUCAAAAGAUACAGAGAUACGUGAAUUAAAGAAUACACAUAAUGAAUGCUGUAGUAAAGUUAUAAGUUUAGAAAGUGAUCUGAAUAUUACUGAAAGUAAAUUGAAAAUAACCAGUGAGGAUUACGAGAAUUUGAAACUGGAAAAUGAGAAACAGGAUAGCAAGAUGAAGGAAUUGGAAGGCUACUGUCACUCACUGAAAAGAGAGUUUAUAGUUUUGACUGAAGAGAAAGAUAGGCUUGCUGGUACUGUAGAGGAAUUAACUUCUUCUUUGACUGGAUACGAAAGAGAAAAUAAUGUUCUUAAUGAGAAGAUAAAGAGACUGACAGAUUCUUUGACUGAUGCUGAUAAUGAAACAGCAACAUUGAGGGCUGAAAUAGAGAAAUUAUCAGUUGUAUUAAUGAAGGCUAAUAAGGAAAAACAGACCCUCGAGAGCCAAAAUGCAGAGAUUAAAGAUGCAAAGUUGAAGGUUAUUGAAAACUUUAAAUCACAAGAAGUAGUCUGGAACACUAAAUCACACUCUGAUGAAGUAAAAAUUAAGAACCAUGAGGCUGCAUUGCAAUCACUACAAAGGGAGCUAAAAAAUGAAAAGCAGCUGUUUGAAUAUGAAAUAUCCAAUCUUUCUUCUCAACUAGAACAGUCUCAACAAAAGGAAGUAGUGCUGUCAGCUGAAGCUGAGAUGUUGAAGAAAGAAAAUAUUAAAGUUAAAGGAGACCAUUCAAGUUUGAAGUCUGAGCUGGAGCAAACUCAACAGAGGGUGCAACUUCUUUCAGCUGAAAUUGAACACCUUAAUAAUGAAAGCACCAAUCAAGGGCAUCUACUGAAAGAGAAGGAGGAAGGACUUGAAAUCAUGGCAGCUGAAAAGGAGGCUAGUUUAGUCAAAUCUGCUAUUGAUUCUGCUAAGUUACUGGAAGCAGAAACAAAAUUAAAUGCUUUAAGUGAGGAGAGGGAAGAGUUGUUAAAACAGCGAGCCUUGUUGGAAACAAAAGAGAAAGAUUUGAAGCAAUUGAAUAUUAAAUUAGAAGAGCAGUUACACAUAGAAUCACAAGAGACAAAGAUGCUGAAUGACGAAUGUAAGAGUAUGAAAGAAAGUAACGAUCUUUUGACAAAACAAGUUGAACAGUUAAUUUCAACGGUCGAUAGCUUAAAGAAGACCAACAAAGAAAAUUAUGAAUUAAUUGAACAGCUAAAAGCAGAAAAGACUGCUCUGGAGAAUACCAUUAACAUAAAUUUUACACAGGAGAAGGAACUCAGAGAUGCAGUUCAAAAUUUUCAGUCAGAGGUGUCACAUUUGAAAUCACAAAAUGAAAUUCUUACUUCAGAAAGAGAGGUUAAGACACAACAGUUAAAUAAGUUGGAAAAAGAGCUUGAGGAGUCUAUUUUUGAGAGAAGCACAAUAAAGGAAACAAGGCUGGAUCUUGAAAAGGUUCUUGUAGAAAAAAGUGAUCUUGAGGAACAGCUGGAAAAUCUUUUGGAUGAGAAAAAGCUUUUAGAAAAUCAGUUAAUUUUUGAAGAAAACAUUAGGAAAGAAAAGCACGAAGAAGAAAGGCUAGAGGUAGAAAAGGUAUAUAUGAAGAAUAAGGAGUUGCAGGAACAGUUGGACAGUGCUUUGAAGGAGAAGCUGGAUUUGGAACAAACAUUAACUACCAGAUGUGGGAAUUUUGAAGGACUGAAGAUGGAAAUGAUGGAAGAGCAGAAGAGAAAUCUUUCAGAUAUAUGUGAACUGAGAGAACAGUUGAAAGAUACACUGCUAGAAAAGACAGCCCUGGAACGUAGGUUAAGCACUGAGAUUGAAAAAGCCGGAGCAGUGCAGGAUCUGGAGAAGUUGCUUGCAGAGAAGGAACAACUGGAACAUCAGCUGGACAAUACGCUAGUGGACUUGCAGGAAAAGGAGAAGCAAGUUGCUGAGUUAGAAGAUGUUCAUGCACAGAAGAUCAAGCAGCUGGUACUUGACUUUGAAAAACAGUUAGUCGAGAGGAAUGAGGAACUUACAAACUUAGAGGAUAAAAGCUUCGAGAGGAGAGAACAGGAGGAGGAUAUGCAAGUUAGGAAGUAUCAAGACCACAUUAAAGAAUUGUGUGAGGCAUCUGAGACCCAAGGGGAAGCUUUCCAGCAGCUGGAUGUGCAGCAUGAAGAAGCCUUAGAGAUGAAAGAUGUUGAGUUGAAUAACUCUGAACUUCAAAUACAAGAGCUGCAGGCUGCCCACCAGCAGGAACUAGCUGAAGUAGACAAGAGGUGGCAUCAGUGUCUGGAGCAGCAGUUAAUGGAGGCAGAAGCAAGACAUAAAGAGGAACUGGCAGAGCUCAACAAAGAAUGGCACUGGGAGAGAAAGGAGCUGGAAAAUACAAGUCACUUGGCAGUAGCUGCAGUGGAAAGUGGAACAGGGAGUAUAGAAUUAUUACACCGUCAGCUGAUGGCUCAGACAAAUGAAUUGAAAGAAGUAAAGAGGCUCCAUAGGCUGGAAGUUAAUGAAUUACGCCGGCUUUUGUCUCUAAGAAGAACACUGAACUCACCAGGGAAGACACCUGAAACCAGAACACUGGAAGAUGCCUGCACAGAGCUGGAGUAUUUACGUAAUAUCCUGUAUGAGUACAUGAUGGGCAAGGAACCAAUAGUUCUUGCCCGUGUAAUUGCUGCAGUUCUCAAAUUUGAUACAGAACAGACAUCGAGAAUACUUCAAAAAGAAGAACAGAAACAAACUUUGUUGGGUCAACUGGGAAUUUUAUGAUAGUUGGAUACUGGUUGGCUUCAUGGUGGUACCAUUUAACCAGCUAGACUCUUCACUGCUGAGAUCAAGAAGAUACUAAUCUUAUCAAGGAAGCUGACGUCAGCAUGUUAAAGUGCUUUGUGAUCAGAGAUAUUAGGAAGCAGUACAUGACACCUGUGUGUUUAGGUGUUACUACAGAUGGAGCAUUUAAAAGGAGCUUCAAGUCUUUGGACUCCAUACUGAAGGAAAGGAAAAUUGUAAAUAAUCAGGAUAGGUCACAUACCAAGUAUAUGGGAGAAAAAUUUUGUAAAAAAUAUUUAAAAUUUCUCAUAUAUACAUGGUAUACUUAGCAUUGCCUAUAUUACAAUUAUUGACCAUACCGUCAUCACAAACUGUUAGAUCCUGUUGCCCGUAAUAUUUUCCAAAAAAAAUACAUUUUAUAACUUAAGGGAGUACACUUCAUAGACACAUACAGUUUGAUAAAAGUUUGCUGAUAGAUGAAACAAAGAAACUAGGAUGGCAAAAUAUUUUUGAACAAAUUUUUAUUCUGUAAUCACUGACAAACUACUGCAUGAUUUGGCAUGUUUUAACAUGUCUGUAUUAUUAAUAAUUGGAAGAUUCUGUCCAUACAAGCAGUGACCUUACCCAGUAUCAUAACAGCUUGCAAAUUCUGAGCUUAAUUCUUUUAAAAUUAUGUAAACAAUACAGUAAGUCUAAUAUAAAUAAAAUUGUAUAUCAGCGUCUUAUGUAAAUUGGCCAUACAUUUAUGCAGGGCCAUAAUAAAAACUUUUGUAGGCCCUAGGCACUAAUAGCUAGGAGGGCAAACAAGUUAGAUGACUUUGCAGAAACCAUCAUCCCAGUCUACAUAGAGAGGCCUAGGACGUCUGUAUAUAGCCACCAAAAUUUGAGAUUGAAAAUUGGAUGCAGUUACAAUACAGAAAUUAACCUUAACACUCUGCGAACCGCGCAUGCAUUAAUAUGUUUUCCACUUUUAAACGUAGUGGACUGGUCGCGUAUUAAUACGUUUUUAGAACACGAUAAGUUACAACACACUAUACAUCGCUUUGACACCACCCAGCUUGCAGUAGCUGCCUGCAGCUGCGUGAUAAGCCUCUGGAAUGUUUGCUGACUAAUCAGUUAUGUGACCUUGCUGUAACUAUAUGCCCCUGCAAAGGAAAAUAAAUGCCUUUAUUUCUUCAA